AGUUGAAAAAAAAAUCAGCAAACUCAACACGCAACCAAUGUAAAUAAAUGUACAGAAAAACAUAUCUCUCUCAUAUAUUUGAAGGACUGCAACACACUUCCCAUUAUUCAAAGCCGCGUCCCAUACCUUCUCCCUUUCCUCUGUACAUACAUACGUCUCUAUCUCUCUCCUUAUAUAACACACACACACACACACACACACACACACACACACACACACACACACACACACAGAGUUGCCUAAUUAUUUUUUCGCCAGCCCAAAUUUCUUUGAUUUGCGGUGCUCGCCAUGCUACUAAUCUUUGAGUGACAAGAUUAGUAUCUUUGCGCGUGUCCCAUUCUCUUCUCCAAACUUGUUGAAAAGGUUUACUAUUUCAAAAUAUACGUGAAAAUUAUGAUGGAGGUUAAGCUAUGGAAUGACAAGCGUGAAAGGGAAAGGUAUGACAACUUUGGCGAGCUCUUUGCGAUUAUCAAAGCGACGGAGAAGCUAGAGAAGGCUUAUGUUCGUGACAUCGUUUCACCAGCUGUAUAUGAAACUGAGUGCCUGAAACUGAUUGCUCAGUUCAAGACCUUAUCUUCUACAUUGAAGGAUGCUGUACCUAACAUUGAGCGAUUUCAUGACACCUACAAAAUGGAUUGCCUUGCUGCCCUAAACCGGCUUGUGACCUCUGGUGUGCCAGCUACUGUAGAGCACCGAGCUGCUGCUUCAAUGUCAGCUGUAACUUCAGCUGCUGUUGUGGCCGAGUGUGUGCAGAACUUCAUCACUGCAAUGGACUCAUUGAAGUUGAACAUGGUUGCCAUUGAUCAGGUCCAUCCCCUGUUGUCAGAGCUGUCAUCUUCCCUCAAUAAGCUAUCGAUUCUGCCGGUGGAUUUUGAGGGAAAGACAAAGAUGAGGGAGUGGCUUUCAAGGUUGUCGAAGAUGGGGGCUGCAGAUGAGUUGACAGAACAGCAGGCUCGGCAACUCCAUUUUGAUCUGGAAUCCUCAUACAAUUCUUUCAUGGCAGCAUUGCCCACUGCUGGAACUUAAUUGACUAUUUCAACAGGUGGUAUGUUUGUAUAUAAGAUUGUUGUUGCAUUUAGCAAGCUCUUAACACACAUGAUUCUAUCUUUGAUUGGAGUGCUGGUCACUAUCUGAGUAGAAUAGCCAUCUAUAUUUUGGGACUUCAUACUUGUUAGAUAAUUGUAAGACUGGUGGUGGUACCAUUUUGGAUACUAUGAACUCAUUAUGGAUCAUACUUCUAUCAGUCUAUAUGCUACUUCUGCUAGUCGAGUUAUAUUACUGGAUUCGAGUGUAGAAUACAGAGCUUUAUACUUUUGUAUGUUAAUGGUAUACUGUCUCUCUUUUUAUGUUUUGGGUGGUGAUACUGACUUUACACGAGGUUUGCAAAAACUAGUUUGCUCUUGAAUUGUUAAAUGAUACUUGCAUUGCUGUAGUCCCACUGGGUUGGCUAGUUGAUAGUUUUCUGAUUUAUUGUUGCUGUAUAUCCAAUAUGUUUUAUUUA